CCUAGAGCCACUCAUGCAAAUGUAUUAAGCGUAGUCAUCCUUUCACAUCUCCUAUUGCGGCGGGCGCAUCACCUCAAGGAACUCUCUCUCGAGGCUCGACGUUUGCCAGAAGCAACUCGCGCUGAGCCGAAUUGCCGUGAGGCUCCGCAGCCCCAAACCACCGCAGCCCCAAACCAUCGCCCCGCAGCGCCUCUUCCCGCCUCCCCACCGCGCAUGCGCGCUGCGCGCCCCCUCCUCCCGGCGGCCCUCGGCGGAGCGCAGGAAGGAUGCCUUGCUUACUGCCGCAUUAGUAAAUAUUCUAAGCUCGUUUCAACUCACUGUAACCUGCCUGGCUGACUGCAGCGAACAGCACUGUGACUGCACGGGAUGUGGAGCUGUUAGCAACGCUGAGACUGAGACCCUAUGAUCACCUGGAGUCACUUCCUGGUCUUUCUGAUGCAUGAGGAGUUGUAAAAUGUAUUAAGUGACACGGAUACCUUAAAAAUAUUCCAGAAGAACAGAAGUUCUGCGCCCACCCACAUGACUUACAUCUUUAUUUUAAAAGCUUUGUUUUGUUUCUUCAGUCAGUCAACUUCCUUCAGUGCCAGAGCCCAGGAGCGGAAAUCACUGAAUUAGAGCAAGGAUCAUUUCUUAGUAGAACGCACAAUAGGAAGAUGAAAAGAACUUAGCUACAUUUUAGGAUUGACUCCUGAUGGGCUGGACUUUGUCUUGGUGGGAAUAUUUGACAGUUCACACUGCAAAAGACGAAACAACCAAUGGCUUCAGAAUCCAUGGUCCCAGAACAGGCAAAACAACAUCCAGUGAAGGGAAAAAGGCGGCCACAGCAGCAGCAAACUCGAUCUUCCAGCGGUGAUGGUGAAGAUGAUAUCUUUGUAUUCGAAGCAAACGAGGCUUGGAAGGAUUUCCACAGCUCUCUUCUUCACUUCUUUGAGGCUGGAGAGCUCUGUGAUGUUACACUGAAGGUUGGUACAAAGCUCAUCUCCUGCCACAAACUGGUACUGGCAUGUGUUAUACCUUACUUCAGAGCCAUGUUUCUUUCAGAAAUGGCUGAAGCCAAGCAGACAUUGAUUGAGAUCAGGGACUUUGAUGGCGAUGCGAUAGAAGACCUUGUGAAAUUUGUCUAUUCCUCCCGGCUGACGCUGACCGUGGAUAAUGUCCAGCCACUCCUGUAUGCUGCUUGCAUUCUUCAGGUGGAACUGGUAGCAAAGGCGUGCUGUGAAUACAUGAAGCUGCACUUCCAUCCCUCCAACUGCCUGGCGGUCAGGUCAUUUGCAGAGAGCCACAACCGCAUUGACCUGAUGGACAUGGCCGAUCAGUAUGCUUGUGAACAUUUUACUGAGGUGGUGGAAUGUGAAGACUUUGUGAGCGUCUCACCUCAGCACCUCCAUAAACUGUUGUCCUCCAGCGACCUGAACAUUGAAAACGAAAAGCAGGUUUACAGUGCUGCUAUCAAGUGGCUGCUAGCCAAUCCACAGCAUCAUGCCACGUGGCUGGAUGAAAUUCUCGCACAGGUACGACUGCCUCUCUUGCCCAUUUGUUUCCUUAUGGGUGUUGUGGCAAAGGAAGAGAUUGUCAAGCAGAAUCUAAAAUGUAGGGAUUUGCUGGAUGAAGCAAGAAACUACCACCUUCACCUGAGCAGCAGGGCAGUGCCAGACUUUGAAUACUCCAUUCGCACAACACCAAGGAAGCAGACUGCUGGUGUGCUGUUCUGUGUCGGUGGCAGAGGAGGAUCAGGUGACCCAUUUCGCAGCAUUGAGUGUUACUCUAUAAAUAAGAACAGCUGGUUCUUCGGCCCUGAAAUGAACAGCAGGAGAAGACAUGUGGGUGUAAUCUCUGUGGGAGGUAGAGUUUAUGCAGUGGGUGGACAUGAUGGAAAUGAACAUUUAGGAAGCAUGGAAGUGUUUGAUCCUCUCACAAACAAAUGGAUGAUUAAAGCAUCAAUGAACACAAAGAGGAGAGGAAUUGCUCUUGCUUCCCUCGGGGGCCCCAUUUACGCAAUAGGAGGUCUAGAUGACAACACGUGCUUCAGUGAUGUGGAAAGAUACGACAUCGAAUCCGAUCGAUGGAGUGCGAUAGCCCCCAUGAACACGCCCCGGGGGGGAGUUGGCUCCGUAGCCCUCAUGAACCACGUCUACGCUGUGGGUGGCAACGAUGGCAUAGCAUCUCUUUCCAGUGUGGAGAAAUACGAUCCCCAUUUGGACAAGUGGAUGGAAGUGAAAGAGAUGGGCCAGCGAAGAGCCGGCAACGGUGUCAGUGAGCUCCAUGGUUGCCUGUAUGUUGUCGGUGGCUUCGAUGACAACUCUCCACUUAGCUCUGUGGAACGCUUUGACCCACGCAGCGACAAAUGGGAGUACGUCGCAGAGCUUACAACCCCAAGGGGGGGAGUUGGCAUCGCGACACUGAUGGGCAGAAUUUUUGCAGUUGGAGGUCACAAUGGCAACGCGUACCUGAAUACUGUGGAAGCAUUUGAUCCCAUAGUUAACAGGUGGGAACUUGUUGGCUCUGUGUCACACUGCAGAGCUGGGGCAGGCGUUGCCGUGUGUGCCUGCCUCAGCAGCCAGAUCCGUGAUGUGGGCCAAGGAUCCAGCAAUGUAGUUGACUGCAUGUGAACUCAGCUGCCUCCUUCAAAUUCCAGGGGAACAAUCGUACAGAAGCACUGCAGAGCUUUUAAAUAUGGUGGUUUGUGUGGUAGGUUAAGAAACACAGUAUGGUUUCCUUGUGAAAAUGUUACCUUCUGUGACUUUUAAGCUUCUGAUGGCUUUCUGACAAUAGCAGUAUAGAAGAGCCUGUGAAAACAUAGGACAGCAGUGUGACUUACAGGAGAAAACAUGCCGAGAGCUGUAGUUAAAGAGCCAUUUGAGGCAGCUGUUGCAGGGAUUCACUGAACUGCAAACCAGGCAUGGACAGGUGAGGAGUGAGCAGUGGGCAGCAUUGCUGAGCCUCACCUGACAGCCCCACUGUGUGUUUCCUGAAGGACUGGAGUGCCAUUUAUUAACGUAACUGACUUAUUAUCAGGAAUGCAAUCUUAAAACAUUUCCUAAUCAUAUAAGAGCUUUGAAACAGAGCUUUUCAGGUUCUCCCUGAGCUAACUGGAUACAGAUGUUAACUGCCCACCUGCUGUGGGACUGCUGGCUGUGGAGGAGAUGGCAGCACUUAUCUUGGAUCUGCCUCUCGAGUGCUCCCUCAGCCCCACCCACUUGUUAGAAAGCUGAAAAGACUCUCAAAGCCUGAGCAUAGUGACUGGAAUACUGACAUUCUUUUAUCCUCAAUAAAAUCUGUAGUAAUGACUCUCUAAAA